GCCGCCAGCCGCGCCCUGGGCCCAGGCCCUGCAGCCCUGCCGCUGCUUCUCCGACAUGCCCCCGCUCACCUUGGACGGCAUCAGGGAUCGCGUCCUCUAUGUGCUGAAGCUGUACGACAAGAUAGACCCCGAGAAGCUGAGCGUCAACUCUCACUUCAUGAAAGACCUGGGGCUGGACAGCCUGGACCAAGUGGAGAUUAUCAUGGCCAUGGAGGACGAAUUUGGCUUUGAAAUCCCCGACGUUGAAGCCGAGAAGCUGAUGUGUCCGCAGGAGAUUGUCGAUUAUAUAGCUGAUAAGAAAGACGUGUAUGAAUAA